GUACUCAAUCUAACUGUAGCUAUAAAGACAGUACACUCAAGCGCACUCUCAAGCUCUUUGACACACAGUUUCCACUAUGGGCUCCCGGGUUGCUGCAACCUGGUACCGCCGCCUUAAUGUCCUGUGCGCCGGCACAACACGGCAAGUCGCGCAGGUGCCCCGACCCGGACCCUGCGCUUCCAUUUCGGCCAGAAGAAAUCUGAACGUCCAGACAGCAACUGAGUCGGGUAAGCUGAAGAGCAUUGAUGACUUGCCGGGGCCCAGCCGAUCCACCACUCUGUACUGGUUGUUUGUCAAAGGAUACGCGGAGAAGAUGCACUUACUGCAGGGGUUACAGAAGAGUCUGUAUGGGCCUAUCUGGCGCUCCAGGUUUGGCCUGUUGGACAUUGUCAAUGUGGCGACACCUGACCUCAUUGCUCAGGUGAUCCAGCAGGAAGGACGCUACCCAGUCCGAGCUGAGUUGCCCCACUGGAAGGAGUACAGGGAUCUGAGGGGCCAGGCCUAUGGACUGCAUGUGGAAACAGGACUAGAUUGGUACCGGCUUCGCAGUGCCCUCAACCCCAAGAUGCUGAAGCUGCAGGAGGUGUCGGCCUAUGCCUCUGUCAUCCACCAGGUGGUUGGAGAUCUCCUACAGCGCAUUGAGCUCUUAAGAACUCGCAGUCAGGACCAGGCCACAGUUUCAGACUUGGCAGCUGAGCUCUAUAAGUUUGGCUUUGAAGGUGUGUCCUCCAUCCUGUUUGAGACCAGGCUGGGCUGCCUGCAGGAGGAAAUUCCCCACGACACUCUUCGCUUCAUUGCAGCUGUUAACGACAUGCUGACGUUCUCUGAUCCAGUUCUCCUCUUCCCACGCUGGAGCCGCGACAUUCUCCCCUUCUGGAAACGCUUCAUUCAGGCCUGGGACGACCUCUCUGAUAUAGCUCAGAUGCUCAUCGACAGAAGAAUGGCUGAAAUUGAAGCUCAGGUGAGCAGGGGUGAGCCUGCAGAGGGCAUGUACCUGACUUACCUGCUGUCUUCUGACAAGCUGAGCAAAGCGGAUGUCUACACAAGCGUUACAGAGCUGAUGCUGGGAGGAGUCGAUACGACGUCCAACACAUUGUCGUGGGCUUUGUACCAUUUAGCAAGGGACAGCGUGGCUCAGGACCGACUGUACAGCGAAGUGAACUCGGUGUGUCCCAACAAACAGGAGCCAACCAUGGACGACGUGAGCAGGAUGCCCUUCCUGAAGGCCGUCAUAAAGGAGACGUUACGUCUGUAUCCUGUGGUACCUGGAAACGGACGCUAUAUCUCAGAGAAUGAGGUGAUUCUUGACAACUACUGGUUCCCAAAGAAGACUCAGUUCCAUCUGUGCCAUUACGCAGCCUGCCACGACGAGUCCGAGUUUGUGGAUGCAGAGCGCUUCCUCCCGGAGCGGUGGUUUUACUCUGAGGCACCGAGUAGCCGCAGCAACAGAGCCAUGCCCGGCUUCUACCAGCACCACCCGUACAGCUUCAUCCCGUUCGGUGUCGGGGUGCGAGCCUGUGUGGGGAAAAGGGUGGCGGAGAUGGAGAUGCAUUUUGCUCUGUCCAGGCUGAUGCAGCACUACGAGAUCCAGCCUGAAGACGGCGCACCGACUGUGGAGGCCAAAACUCGGACGCUACUCAUCCCUUCUAAGCCCAUCAACCUGCGCUUCAUGCCCAGAACCUGAAGCUGGUGCCAGUGAUGAGAACCCAAGGAGAGAGGAAAAGAGCUUCUCUGCGGAUUAAUUUCAUCUGUGUCGAUAUAAACAUGAACUUUAAAUUUAAUCGCCACAGCUUGCCCUCUGCAUUAUACAGUCAGUGUAAUUGUAUAAUAAUAAGCCGUAAUAUCACUGUGUGUGUGUGUGUGUGUAAGCCUAACUGAAUGAACUUUGUAUACUUAUGCUUAUUCAUCUUUCUGGGUGGUACAAAGCUGGAACAGGUGGUGUUGACAGAAGGGUGUUGGAAGUGUGAAAAGGUGUUUGUUAAGAUGGAUGGUGUGUGCUGCCUCCUUGUGAGGAAAGGCAGUCUGUUUAUAUGUUAAUGCUGAGGCUGAUAAAACAUUUUAUUUAGCACAGGUGGUUUUUAAUGUAACUUCCGCAUUAAACAUAUUAAUGAGGAGAGAAGACGCAGACUGGAGAGAGAACCUGAAGAAGGACGUUCACCAACUUUCUCUAAUAAUAUUCAUUUAAUAUUUGUAGUUUGAAGCUGUAGAUGUAGAUUUUUCUCACUGAGCACUUAUGAACAAAUAGAAAUGUAUUUUUUUCCUUUUUUUUUUUUUAACCACUAUUAUUCUGUUACAUUACACUGAUGUUAAAUGUAAAUGUGACUGUGAUCCCAGUAUGGGCUAGGUUUUUUUUUUCCAAGUAAAUCAUGUAUCAUGGUUGUAAUGAGUGGUUAUUUGAGUUACUGUCCACUUCAGAUCAGCUCAAAGCAGUUUAACCGAUGUAUUGAACAAAGUGGAGUUCUAAUGAGCUUGAAAGUCAAUAUUUGGUGUGACCACCUUUAUUCUUCAGCACAGUCUGAACUCUCUGAGGCAGCUUUCUUCUCAUUUCUUUAAGUAGUCUUCAGGAAUAGU